UCUGGCAGCGGCUACUCUCAAGAAACUCUGGGUUCAGGGCAAAGGUAUUUUUUAAUUAAUAUUUGUUAAACAUAAACCACCCAGCUUUUUUAGUCUUGUGUUAGUUUUUUUUUCAUGUUGGGCUCUGUAUCAAGUGCUGACAGUUAUCUUUCACCUUGUCUUGAACACCAGGUUUUUGUUGCAGUCACACACAGGAAGUUACUCUUCUGCUUUUGUGCCUCUGUGGUUUCUGUCUGUGUGACAGAGUGUGUCACAUUCUCCUUCCUCUCACAUACUGGCCUCUUCAGCAAGCAGAGGAGUUCUCAGUCAGCCAGUGUGGUGCGACGUAGGUGCAUUGAGUAUUUCUCGUAGCAGACCCUAACAAAGAGUUUGACUUUGACAGAAACCUGUAGACAAGAGAUGUUAAUGAGGAGACAAACAUGAAUGCAUACCUUGUUUUUUCACCAUCCACCCUUUCCUCAGGACAAAGGAGGAUUCCUUGAAUUAGAGUUUGGAGUUCCUCACCUUGACGGUUUCAGACUUGCUUCUUGUCAUUUGGAGUGGUCAGCUUUGGUCACUCUGCUUUGGAGUACAUUGGUUCUGUUUUAGGUGAAGGGGUUUGUGUACAGCUUUCCUCCUGGAUUACAUUUGGAGAUUAGUGAUGGGGAAUGUGGCUGUAGGGGGCUCGGAGCAUGAGCCGACUGAGGGCAGAGAGGCCAGGAACUCCGUCGGGGCAGCUUCAACAAUGAGUGACCCCACGCUAACUCCGCAGAAGAAGCAGCCGGCUCCCCCAAAACUUCCCAUGCCCCCAGAGGAGGAGCUGGAGGAGCGCUUCAAGGCAGUGCUGAACACCAUGAACUUGCCUCCAGAUAAACUAACGCUGUUGGAUCAAUAUGACAAUGACAAGAAAUGGGAAUUAGUCUGUGACCAGGAGCGUUUCCAGGUGAAGAGCCCUCCAUCCACUUACCUGGCCAAGAUUAAGAGUUUCUAUCAAGAUCAAGGCGGGGUGUCUCGACGGUUAAAGAAAAGAAUCCAAGAUGCCACCCAGGUCCUUAAAGCCUUGGAGAUUUCCCUCCGCACCAACCACAUCGGGUGGGCGCAGGAAUUCCUAGAUGAGCAGAAUAAAGGUCUGGAUGUUCUGGUGGAAUACUUGUCGCAUGCUCAAAGUGACACCUCAUUUGAUGUUGAAAGCUUGGAAAAUGGCGGCACCCUGUCAGACAGACAGAAACCAGCAGAGAGGUCGAUGGAGGACUUGACUAAGAGCCCCAGCAGUGGUCACACCCACGGCAUGACCAGAGCAGCUCGAGCCCUGACCGUUCGAAUCGGAGCCACGCUUGCACACAGGAUGCAUAGGAAGUCCCAUUUAUCCUACCAGAGAGAUGAUAUCCAUGUGUGCAUCAUGUGCCUGAGAGCGAUCAUGAACUACCAGUCUGGUUUCAACCUGGUGAUGAACCACCCUCGCUGUGUGAAUGAAAUCACCCUCAGCCUGAACAGCAGGAAUCCCAGGACCAAAGCUCUGGUGCUGGAGCUGCUGGCUGCCGUGUGUCUUGUCAGAGGAGGGCACGACAUCAUUCUUUCUGCUUUUGACAAUUUUAAGGAGAUGAGCAAAGAAAGGAACCGUUUUGAGAAGCUGAUGGAGUACUUCAUCAAUGACGACAACAACAUCGACUUCAUGGUGGCCUGCAUGCAGUUCAUAAAUAUUGUGGUCCAUUCAGUGGAGAACAUGAACUUCCGUGUCCACCUACAGUACGAAUUCACUCAUCUGGGAUUAGACAAGUAUCUGGAGAGUGUGAAACAAACAGAGAGUGAGAAGCUGCAGGUGCAGAUCCAGGCCUACCUGGACAACGUGUUGGAUGUUGGAGCUCUGCUGGAGGACGCUGAGAACAGGGGAGGGGUGCUGGAGCAUGUGGAAGAACUGCAGAAUGUCAAUGUGCAGCUGAGUGCCCAGCUUCAGGAGAUCGAGCAGCACACCGCAGAGAGGACCGCUGAACUUGAAACUCAGCUCAUGCAGGCCACCAAGGAGACUGAACUGCUCAAGGAGAGCCUGCGUGAGUCAUGCGCCCAGGUGAGCGUUUUGCAGCAGAGAGAACGAGAGCGGGAGCUGGAUCGGGAGCGAGAGAAGGACAGGGAGUUUCGGCGCACCUCCAUCAGCCAGUCCCCCUCCGAGCUGGAUCAGAAGAUCCAGGAGCUGCAGGACAAGGGUCUGAUCCGAGUGGGAUGUAACGCCUCCGGAGCUCUGGAUAUCCAGGUUGUGCCUGUAAAGGUCAUAGAGUACAUCCAAAGUCCAACUCCAACCACCCAAUCAGACACGGACACCCCAUCAUCCACCCUCCACUCGUCACCUCCUCCUGCCUCUGCUCCUGGUGGUCCUCCUCCACCUCCUCCUCCAUUAGGAGAAGGCACUAUUGCUCCCCCUCCUCCUCCACCUCCUCCACCCCCUGGUGCUGGUCCACCACCUCCACCUCCUCCACCCCCUGGUGCUGGUCCACCACCUCCACCUCCUCCACCCCCUGGUGCUGGCCAACCACCUCCUCCUCCUCCACCCCCUGGUGCUGGCCCACCACCUCCUCCUCCUCCACCCCCUGGUGCUGGACCUCCACCACCACCUCCCCCUCCACCUCCUGGUGUCGGACCUCCACCCCCACCUGGAGGUGGACCUCCACCGCCCCCUGGAGCACCAAACACUCACUCUGGGUUUAAGAGUAAGAAACCCAUACAGACCAAGUACAGGAUGCCUUUGCUGAACUGGCAGGCUUUAAAACCAAACCAAGUUUCAGGAACAGUCUUCAAUGAACUCGAUGACGAGCAGGUCUUAGGGGAGUUGAACAUGGAGAUGUUUGAGGAACACUUCAAGACCAGAGCCCAGGGAAACUCAGCCGAUCUGUGCAAGGUCAAGAAGAAGAUGUCUCAAAAGGCUCCGACCAAAACGUCUCUGAUUGAUGCAAACAAAGCCAAGAAUCUAGCUAUUACUCUACGCAAGGGCGGGAUGAGCCCAUCUGCCAUCUGCACUGCUAUAGAGAAGUACGACCAGAAGUCUUUGUCCAUAGACUUCCUGGAAUUGCUUGAACAUUUCAUACCGUCGGACUUUGAGAUGAAGCUUCUGGUUAACUACGAGAAAGAUGGCCGUCCACUGGAGGAGCUGACGGACGAAGACAGAUUUAUCUUAAGCUUCGGAAAGAUUUCCCGUCUGAGACAGCGAAUAAACACUCUGACUUUCAUGGGCAACUUCCCCGAAAGCGUCAGACGCCUGCAGCCGCAACUGAACUCCGUCAUCGCUGCAUCCAUGUCCAUCAAGUCUUCCACUAAACUGAAAAAGAUCUUAGAAAUUGUUCUUGCCUUUGGUAACUACAUGAACAGCAGUAAGAGAGGAGCAGCUUAUGGCUUCAGGCUGCAGAGUUUGGACCUUCUACUGGAGACGAAAUCCACAGACCGCUCCCAAACGCUACUUCACUUCAUGACCAGCAUCAUCCUGGAAAAGUACCCUGAGCUGGCCAACUUCCACACAGACCUUCACUUUGUAGACAAGGCAGCUCUUGUUUCCCUGGAUGGCAUUCUGCAAGAUAUCCGCUCAUUAGAGCGCGGAAUGGAGAUGACCAAGAAGGAGUUCCUGGUACAGGACGACAGUCCUGUGUUAAAGGAAUUCAUCAAAACCAACAGCGAGCAGCUGGACUCACUGAUCAAAGACAGCAAGACAGCACAGGCUGCUUACGUCUCUGUUGUGGAGUAUUUUGGGGAGAACCCAAAAACCACUCAGCCCUCUAUGUUCUUCCCUAUGUUUGGGCGCUUUGUGAAGGCAUACAAGAUGGCACUGCAAGAGAUUGAACAGAAAAAGAAAAUGGAGGAAAUUCAGAGUUGUGAGGUGAAGGAAACACCAUCUCCAAACAAAGCUGGAGCACAAAAGGGCCCCAUGAUGCCUAAGAUGGAUUUGAUAGCGGAGCUAAAGAAGAGGCAGGUGAAACCUCCGGUUCGCGAAGGGAAAGACGGGGCUUUGGAGGACAUCAUCACAGAUCUGAGGAACACACCUUACAGACGGACGGACGGACGACGGCCAGCUCAGCGCCAGGAUUCCUGAGUCCGUUUUGGCAGAUUUUCUUAAUUAAAACGAAAAAAAAAAAAAAUUAAGGUAUGAUGUAUAUAAAUAAUGUAACAAACCUGUAGUAAGCCACGUGGUGAUGUGUAUUAGCAACAUUUUAGUAAGAUUUUACUCUGUAUAUAAAAACUGGAAGUAUUUUUAAACAGUUCAGUAACUUUGAUUUGAACAUUAUCAUAACUGUGUAACAUCAGUGAUUAUGUAUGAUCUAAACUUGUGACUGUUUGGCCUAAAACUAAUGAAAUAUAUGACUUUUUCUAACAAA